GAGAAAAAAAAAACAAAGUACUGUACCAGCAAAGAGCAAGAGCCUAGGAAUGGAGAAGAAAGUCCGUAGGUUGUGUUGAAAGUUUUAGAAACUAUGAAGAAUGAUCGUAGUAAAAAUCGAAAAUGUGCAAAAGUAAUAGCGUGGUCAUGUCUACCAUUAACCAUUUUAGCAGGGGCUGCAUACGCUGUAUACUAUAAGUUUAGAGUUGUGAAGAAACCAGGAAUUUACACCAGCCCACAAUUUCAACAAUUCUUACUGUCUCACUGCUCAAGUUUAAACAAAGAGUACCGGCCAACUGCAUGGUGUGUUGGAGGUCGCCUACAAACUAUAGCCAGGGUUCUCUUCCAAUCUAGGCCACAACAGCCAUACAGAGUUGAAUUGAUCCCAACGCCAGAUGGUGGCGAACUCAGCCUGCAUUGGGUUGACAAUCAAACACGAGGCAAUAAAUACAAAGCGGAGUCCAGACCUACUGUGAUCAUUCUUCCUGGCCUAACAGGCUACAGUCGAUGCGGGUAUGUCUUGCAUAUGGUUGAUUCUGUGGUAAAGCUUGGUUACAGGGCUGUUGUCUUUCAUAAUAGAGGCCUGGGAGGUGCACAAUUGAAGACUCCUCAGACCUUUUCUGCGGCAUACACUGAUGACUUCAACAUAGCUGUGAAACAUAUCAAACAAUAUCUACCUAGAGCACCCCUCAUGGCUGCUGGAACAUCUCUAGGAGGGAUGAUCCUGUUUAAUUACUUAGCAAAGCAUGGAGACCAAACUCAACUGAAUGCUGCUUUCACUGUCUCUACCCCCUGGAAUGUGUUUGAAUCCACAAAGAACAUUGAACGGCCAAUCAAUCGCUGGCUCCUGAACUCGCAUUUAGCACGCAAUUUACGGAAAGGUGUCAAAGAUCAUAUAACAAUGUUUGAGAAACACUAUGAUCCAGAAAUUUCACAAGCUUUAAAGGCUAAUACCAUACGAGAAUUUGAUAGCAAGUUCACAACGAAGGUGUUUGGCUAUGAGGACGUAAACCAGUACUAUGAGGAUGCAUGCUUACAUACUAAGGUGCAGGAUGUUAAGAUCCCCACUGUAUGCCUAAAUGCAGGGGAUGACCCUAUCUCACCAAUGCAUGCUCUUCCAAUUAACAGUACUAUUAAACAAGAGAAUGUCGCUCUGGUGGUUACACACUACGGUGGUCAUCUCGGAUUCCUGAACAGCUUCUGGCCCCGAGGUAAAACGCUGUGGCACACAAUAUUUUCUGAGGUUGUUGACGCCUUUUUCAAAGUUGAGUUGCGGAGGGAGCGGUGACAGUUCCAAUCCCAGUCAUUCCUAUUUAUUUUUAAAAAUCUUCAUUUUUUCAGAAAUACAAAUUAAAAAAAAUUAAACUACUAAGACAAUCUUCUUAAUGAAAUAUGUGCUUAAUUAAUUUUACAAUGCUUACAAUAUUUGAAUUUAAAAGAGGAAAAACCAACAUGUUUUGGUUUUGUGUCGUAUCGCUAUGUUUUGCCAGCAACAGUUGCAAUACAGUGGGUGCUGAACUGAAGUUGCUAUUGUUCAUUUUACAGUAUUAAUUUAAGUUAGAAUUUCAUUAGCCUGUACCUUGUGUGGCAGAAUGCCUUGUUGUAUGUCAUGACAUUAAUUUGUCUGCAUAAAUCUGGAAUUUGUUUUAAACAGAAAUAUAAUAAAGUAAACAUAAUAAAUAAUUUUACAUGAAUGUUAGUGAAGAUUUAUCUAGGUGGUGAAGAUGCUGUUUGCAUUCUAAACCCAGGUUCUUUAUCCUGUAAAUUCCAGUGUGUUUUGGCCAAGAUAUCUAAUCCCUAAUGUCAAGCAUACAGUACAUUCUAAAUCUUUGUCCACACUAUCAGAUUUUAUGUGACAAAUUUGUGUUAUGUGCCCAUAUAUGGGCAUGAUAGUGUCAUCCUAGCCUGGGGUUACUCACUCUUUUUUGCACUUAGUGAACGCCAUACCUAAU